UUGCGGUGUUUUUAAAACUUUCCCGAUUUUGUAAUAAUUCCCCUUCAUAUUUUGCAUAAUCCUGCCCUAUUUAAUUACAUAACUCCAGGCUGAAAGCGUUUUUAUAAUAAUGAAAUAAUGGAGAACAGUUUUAUGGAAGAUAUAAAUGAUAUAUCACCACGAUUAAGGCCCAGAAGGAAAUCAUUUACAACACCGCCACCAGAUGUCUUCAAUGACUUUAGGAGUCCUGCUGGCCUGGAACUUACACUUUCUGCACGGAAAAGGAAGCGAAAUAAAGAGCAAGAUGCGGAUACCUUGAGUGUACAGAGCUUUGAUAUCUCUUACAAAGACUCGGCUGGAAAGAGGUUGAGAAAAUCACUAUCACGGGUAGCAUCCCUCGCAAACAUAUUCUCCCCCGUCAGACCUGUGGGGAAGAAGAUUGGACAGUCGCUUCAGAGAUCAUUGAGUUUUAAGAAUAUACUCUCUCCGGCAAAAAAUCUAUCCCAGAAUGCCGUAUCUUAUAAGAAGCCGCAACCAACACCUUCAAAGCGACGACCUAGUAAACUCUGGCAGGAGACGGUUGAAGGGAAUGUUUCGAAUGUGUUCAGUGAGAUGCAGAUCAAACGUCAAAAUGCCAUAUUUGAGUUGUAUGAAGGAGAGAAUGAUUUGGUGCAUGACUUACAGAUGAUAAAGGAGACAUAUUACAACUCACUGAAGACGCUCGGUUUGAUGACAGAGAGUGAACUUCAUCAGAUAUUCAGUGUGAUUGAGACAUUGGUCCCAAUACACCAAGACCUGGUGAUGAGCCUAAUCAGCCAGCGCCAGCCAGAUGGAUCAACAGAAGGAGUGGGAGAAGUCCUGCUCGACUGGCUGCCAAACCUACAUUCAUACAUUCCCUAUUGUGCUAAUCAAAUCUACGCCAAAGCUUUGCUGGACGAGAAGAAAAACGACAAACGGAUUCACGAUUUUCUCCAACGGUGCCAGGAAUCGAGUUUCAGUCGGAAACUGGACUUGUGGACAUUUCUUGACCUGCCGAGGAAUCGCCUUGUGAAGUAUCCGUUACUGUUGAAAAACAUUCAGAAACGUACGCCCGAAUCUCAUGCGGAUAUACAAAGACUGCAGCAGGCUAUUGAUAGUGUUGAGGCCAUCAUUCGUGAAGUUGACGAAAAAGCUGGAGAGGCAAAAUGUAAUUUCCACCGGGACCGUUUGGACUUUUUGGAGGAGUCUCAGCGUCAUCCUUUAAUUGAUGAAGCCAAGGUUCUGUUGUGUGAUGGGGUGCUAAGGAACAGUCGGGGAACGAAACUGACCGUGUUUGUGUUCAAGAAGGUGAUGGUAUUAACACGGCCAACAACCCGUCACGAUCGUCAGUGUUACCAGGUCUAUCGGUAUCCCUUGCCGUUGUCUGAACUGAUCGUUGAAGACCUGAAGGACGGUGAAGUCAAGAUGGGGUCAUUUAGAAACAUGCUUGGUCAGGGACAAGGAAGCAAAUAUGUAUUUCGUGUUUCUUCCACGAUACAGUCUGGAAAAGGCUACACCCAUACCUUACAGGCAAGGGAUGAACAUGACAAGAAGCAGUGGUUGAACUGUCUCCAGCUGGCGAUAAAGGAGGCAAUGCCGGUUGCAGCGAAAAUGGCGACGCCAAAAACGGAUGUGAACGAUGUAGUAGAAGACGACACUGAAGAACAAAAAAUGGAUAUGAGUUUUGUGAAUGAUGCAAUCGAUCUGGACGAAUCUUGUCUACCUAUGGAAGACUCUUGUCUACCAAUGGAAAACGAUCAGGGCGGAGACUGCAGAUUGAAGAGAAGCGAUUCGAGAUCCAGUCAGAAAAGUCUGCAUUCAGAGGUGAUGGAGGCUGUGAAUGUUGUUAGUGAGAGGAGAAGAAGCUUGAGGUCUUCAACGAAAAGUCUAGCUUCUGCCUUGAAGCGAAGUCUAUCGAAUCGGAGUGUUCGUUCAAGUGUGAGUAGUCUGCCUCAUGGAGAGCAGGCAGAAGGAGAGUCUGUCUUUGAGAAGAGUAGUGAUUCAUCAAGUUCGAGCGAAAUGGAUCCCCUGGACUUUUCUAAGAGCAAAAAAGUUUAAACAUUUAUUUCAUUAAGUGUCAUCAACAAGUCGUUUUUUGUAUGUGAAUGUGUUGUGAACUGCUGGGCUUCAGGUGUCAAGUAUAGGGUGAUGUGGAGCAAUGUAGUGUUAUGUAAAGUUGGGAGUUUCAUCACAUAAUGACUCCCGUUGCCUCAUGCAUCUUGUGGCCCAUUGUAAUAUGUGUGUAUUUGUACGAAUGUUGGAUAUGGAAGGAGUUCUUGCUAUUUGAGCAGACUUAACAUUGACUGUAGUGAACCAGUAUCACACUGAUCAUGAUGGGAGAAAAGCUUUUGUUCUGUUCUCUUGUAAAUUGAAAUUGUAACAUCGGCAACAGUAGAUACAAGUACUAUUUUGCAUAAAUUCAGGACUGUGUACUGCAUCUGCAUUUGUGCUUACAGUUACAGUCCUAAGGUGUCUCCACUUGAAAAACAUUUGACGGCCAUUCUGCACUUUGAAACAUAGUUUCCGCAGGAUGUGGUUGGAGCAUUAUACUGGAGACCUUCCAGUUUAUCAGUGUGUUGAAUAAAAGUUUGGCAGAAGUCCCUGGAUACCAAUUUUGCAGAGAAUUUACACCACUGCCACAUAACACAAUUUUAAAUAAAAACUUUGUUUCAGGAUUUGAAUUAUUUAUUUUGGCAAGGAAUUGACUAGAAGUUUUAAAGAAAAAAUUGUAAAAAAUUUAAUGGCUAAUAAUUGGCAAUCGACCAAAAAAAAGUUUGUGUUAAAUAGGGCAGGUUUUGCAUUCUUUUAAAAAGCUGAAUUCAUUCACAAUAAAAAUAUAUGCUGUGUCUAGUCGAUGCUGUAUGGAAGUUUUUCCUAGAAAUACCUUGUAACUGAAAAAAGAUAAGAAAUCGGAUUUAACUGGAAUGGUAACACAUUGUGCAGAUUUGCUAUUUUCAAACUUGACGUCUGAUCAUCAUUUUUUCAACUGAACAGUUUUGCAUAAUCAAGACAUUGUAAAAAUCCUGGCAUAUAUUGGAGACUACUUAAAUUUUAACUAACAGAAUCGAAUGCUUGACAUUUUUACACUCAUCUUGUACAUAGUUAAAUGACCAUCAUCUUCUCACUUCAUAUGUAAAUUUACCUAACUAAUUUUUAACUUUUGAUACUAGCAAAAUGUGUGGAGACGGGACUAUUUUGUAAAUCUUGUAUAUACACAUGUACAAUGGCAUCUGUUAUUGCAUUUAAGUUAAGUUCUUGGUGGAAAUGUUAACCCAUUAUCAUACUUGUUUCUUUUGUCUUACCAUUUUAGUUGGAUAUCAUAAUACCUGAUUAAUCUGGGAUCUCCAGAUUUCUCCAUAUUUAGACAAUUUCAUUGCACUAGCACUGCUGUAUAAUUGUCAUAUUUGAAAUUACUUGCACUCAACAGGGUUGAUAUAAAGUGCCCUUAUUAAAUAAGAUAACUAAUAAAAUCUAAGAUGAUCUAGCUGAGAAAAUAAUUUUUUACUUCAGAAAUAAUCUUCAUGUUUCAUGCACAGAAAAAUUCUUAGUUCAAAGUCUGGUGUUCCUUUAAUUGAACUAAGAACAUCAAACUGGCACAGAAACUCCAAUUUGUCAAAGGCUGAGUUUACAGUACGGUACAUUGAUGUGAUCUGGGCAUGUGUCAUGAUUUCUUGACUUCCAGUUCCAUUCCAUGAUUUCAUUCCAUGGAUACAUGCUGCAUAGGUACUCAAGUAAAUUUGAAAUUCUUUCUUUCACUUAAGAACAUGAUAAGAUCAUUCCUUUGUAAACCAGGCCUUGGAGCUUCACUUCUAUGCUAACCUGGCCUAAGAGCUCUCUUUCUUUGGCAGCCUAUUUCCUUCGAAUAUGCAGCAAUAAUCAAAAUGUGUUACCUCUACCUCUGUAGCUGUUUUGUCAACAACCAGCUGUUUAACCUGUCAGCAAACAUUCCAGUACAGCAGGAAAUAAACCUGUGAAAUAAAUGUUAAA